ACAUGACACGUUUCCUGUCAAGAUGGCGGACAAUCUCCCUUCGGAGUUUGAUGUGAUCGUAAUAGGGACGGGUUUGCCUGAAUCCAUCAUUGCGGCUGCAUGUUCAAGAAGUGGACAGAGAGUUCUGCAUGUUGAUUCAAGAAACUACUAUGGAGGAAACUGGGCCAGUUUUAGCUUUUCAGGACUGUUGUCCUGGAUAAAGGAAUACCAGGAAAAUGGUGACACUACGAAUGAAAGUUCACGGUGGCAAGAACAGGUCCUUGAAAAUGAAGAAGCCAUUGGUCUUAGCAAAAAAGAUAAAACCAUUCAACAUGUGGAAGUAUUUUGUUAUGCCAGUCAGGAUUUGCAUGAAGAUGUUGAAGAAGCUGGUGCAUUGCAGAAAAAUCACGCAUCUGUGACAUCUGCGAACUCCACAGAAGCUGCAGAUUCUGCCUGCCUGCCUACAGAAGAUGAGUCAUUAAGCAUCGUGAGCUGCGAAAUGUCCGCAGAACAAACUCCAAGCAGUGAUCCAGAGAGUGCCCCAGAAGUAAAUGAUGCUGAAGCAACAGGGGAGAAAGGCGACCAUUGUGAUGAUAAAACUUCAGAAGAAGAAACAAGCACAAAUGUGCCUACAGCAGCAGACACCAUAGAGCAACCAAAGAAAAAUAGGAUUACUUACUCACAAAUUAUUAAAGAAGGCAGGAGAUUUAAUAUUGAUUUGGUAUCAAAGCUGCUGUAUUCUCGGGGAUUGCUCAUUGAUCUUCUUAUCAAAUCUAAUGUUAGUCGAUAUGCAGAGUUUAAAAAUAUUACCAGGAUUCUUGCAUUUCGAGAAGGAAGAGUGGAACAGGUUCCUUGUUCCAGAGCAGAUGUUUUUAACAGCAAACAACUUAGUAUGGUAGAAAAGCGAAUGUUAAUGAAAUUUCUUACAUUUUGCAUGGAAUAUGAGGAACAUCCUGAUGAAUAUAAAGGCUAUGAAGAGAUUGCAUUUUCUGAAUAUUUAAAAACUCAAAAAUUAACCCCCAACCUGCAAUAUUUUGUCCUGCAUUCGAUUGCAAUGACAUCAGAGACAACCACCACUACCUUAGAUGGCCUCAAAGCUACGAAAAACUUUCUUCACUGUCUUGGGCGAUAUGGCAACACUCCAUUUUUGUUUCCUUUAUAUGGCCAAGGAGAACUCCCACAGUGUUUCUGCAGGAUGUGUGCUGUAUUUGGUGGAAUCUAUUGUCUUCGUCAUUCAGUGCAGUGCCUUGUAGUGGACAAAGAAUCCAGAAAAUGUAAAGCAAUCAUUGAUCAGUUUGGUCAGAGAAUAAUGUCUACGCAUUUCCUAGUGGAAGAUAGUUACCUUUCUGAGAACAUGUGCUCACAUGUGCAAUAUAGGCAGAUCUCCAGGGCAGUCCUGAUUACAGAUAGAUCUGUACUAAAAACAGAUUCAGAUCAACAGAUUUCCAUUUUGACAGUGCCAGCAGAGGAACCAGGAACUUCUGCUGUUCGGGUCAUUGAGUUGUGUUCUUCAACGAUGACGUGCAUGAAAGGCACCUAUUUGGUUCAUUUGACUUGCACAUCUUCUAAAACUGCAAGAGAUGAUUUAGAACCAGUUGUGCAGAAGUUGUUUACUCCAUUUACCGAAAUGGAAAUAGAAAAGGAAGAAGUUGAAAAGCCAAGAAUUCUAUGGGCUCUUUACUUUAAUAUGCGAGAUUCUUCAGACAUCGACAGGAAUUGUUAUAAAGAUUUGCCAUCCAACGUUUAUGUCUGCUCUGGCCCAGACUGUGCUUUAGGGAAUGAUAACGCAGUCAAACAGGCGGAAACACUUUUCCAGCAAAUCUACCCCAAUGAAGACUUCUGUCCACCCCCGCCAAAUCCUGAAGACAUCAUACUUGAUGGAGACAGUUCACAACCAGGGGCUUCAGAGUCCAUUGCCAUACCAGAGGCCAACUCAGAGACUCCGGAGGAAAGUGCAAACCUGGAAAACCCACAGGCACCCUCUGAAUAACACAUACACACAAAACUAGACACCUUGCUUUUGAAAUCCUCUUGGCCUCAGUUUUCUUGAUGGAGCAACUGUUUUGAGAAGUAUUAGAAAGCAGCGACCAAUUGACACAUAGAAUUACAAGGAGAAACAGGUCAUAGAAAUCCUAAAGGGGAUUUUUUGUCUUGAAGAGGACAUUCCAAGAAUACAGAAUAUUUCUAAAGCACAUUAAUUUGCAUAUGUUAAACCUGUGAUAUAAGCAGAUGAAAUUAGAAAUGGAGUGAUUCCCAGGAAUACAGCAGUCCUAUGCAUUGUCAGUAAUUCUGUGCUGUUAGCACAUUAGUUUGUCACUUUGUACCUUGGUUUGAAAGCCACAGCUUCAGAAUCAGCUAACACAUUUCCUUUGUGGAUAUGAGCAUCAUGACAUAAAUGAUGAAAGCGUACAUAUUCAAGUAUCAUGAUCCAGGCAGCAGCCUAGCCUGUGUUUGGAAUAGAUUUGUUUUCUCUGUUGAGAUGUAUUGAAGAUAUUAGGAUGUUUGGAUAUUUUUAUAAAUCAUAAGUCCAUUACUUGGUAGUAUUUUUAAUAUUAGUUGUGAUAUUUGUAUGUGAAUCAUCUACACACUGGGUAAACUCAAUAAUAAAGAAAUGAAAGAAUGGAAGGAGAGGUUAGGAUAGGCUCAUUGGUAUUUGGAGAUUCUGUCCAGACAACUACCUGGAAUACUAGUCUAAUUGUCUAGAGACCUAAUUUAGUCCUGGCUCUGCUGCUUAUGAUAUUAAGCAAAUUGUUUAAUUUCUGGGCUCCAGUUUCUCCAUAUGUAAAAAUAGAAAUAGUAAUACCCUGCCUACUGUAUGACAAUGACUAUAAUGAUAAACAUAGUACCAUCCUUAGGAUGCUUUUACUGAAAGAAAGUUGUUUCUGCGUUUUUUUUGUUGUUGUUGUUGGCUUGGGGAUGAAUGUCAGAAAUCUCAUGUAGCAAAAAAUUGCUGUCAACUCCCCAAGAAGAUAAAUUAGUGUUUUUAUUGCAUUCAAUUUCUUAAAUGAAAAUGUUUCAUAAAUUAGUGUUUUAAUGUCUUUUAGACCAGUAAACAUGGUAAUACAUGGAAUUAUAGUUUUGAAAUCCUAUAAGGGAAACACUAUAAAUUCUUCAUAUUCCUUUUCUGAUAGGUCAACCUUAAACCACCAAGGACUCUGAAUAGAGUAGGACAGUUGAUAAACCCUACUAUACACCCCACAUAAAAAUGUUAGAGCUGUACAAUCAGCAACUGUACUUACAAUGAUAGUGCCUAUAUUUAAAUUUUCCCAAAUGCCAAGCUCUGAUGGUCUACUUUUUUUGAGCAAUAGUUUGGAUUUGCAACUGCCUGUAAGUAAAUAAGCAAAGGUUCUUGUUGCAAGCUCUGGCCUGGAUUAUCUGUCAAGGGGCCAUGACUCUAGUGGAAAGCACAUAGUUCUUACACCUCAGCUCAACCAGUCCCUGACCUAACCAGGUUCCAGAGAAGGUCUUGAAGCUAGCUGUGCCGGGUCCUAGAUUCAUAGAAAUGGAAGAACCAAGGAAUGUAGCUCUUGCCUCACCUUCCAACCCCUGCAGAUAAUGGCUGAAUCUAGAAGGAAAAACUUCCUAGCCUCUUGGGCUGCUCCUAUCCCCGCCUCCCAGUGUACAGCCCCUCUCCUCUCUCUUUAGCCCCCUCUUUCCCUCUUUUCCCCUUUUAUAUUGUCACACAAAUCAGGGACAGUAGAAUCACAUUAUAACCUACUUUGCUAUAGUUAUGCAGAUCAAAAGUCAAAUCAUCUUUCCUGAAACCUAGCUAAGGCAUGCACCAACUGCCUAGUACUUACCUGUAAGUAUAUCAGGCAUUGGUCCUGCCCCUUGAUACCAGCAAUAUAAAAGGUUCCAUUAGAAGAGACUAUUGAAUCUGAAUACAGUUGCAGUAAGUGGCACCAAUAAAGAUAUUAUACUUUAUUAUAGUCUCAGAGUUUAGGGCUCCUGGAUGCAGCAUACACAUUUAUGUAAAUAGACAAUCAGGGUAGGCCUAGCUUAACUAGAAAAAUUCUGGUAGCCUUACUGCAGCUGUCUAUAUGCAGAACAAUGAGGGAGAUAUUUUGUGAUCUCAUGGGCCAGCCCACAUUGUACCCAUCUCAUACAUCAGCCAGCAUCAGAAUCUCUCCUCUAGGUCAUUAAAUACUGUUGAAAUGUUUCAAAGCUCCUGAAUAUAAUGAUUAAAUUAUUGAUGAAUUAAGAUAUACAACUGCUUAGAGAAGUUUAAAUAUUUCCUGUUGCCUCAGAAUGUAAUAGAAAUUAAGAGCUUUCUUUUCAGCUAUCUUAAUUACUGCAAAUGUUUGUUUUCAGUUUUAAGUAAAAAAAAAUUGCUUUUACUAUAAAACUUUAAGCCUGAAAUCAUAUGAAUAAAAAUAAUGGUGUAUAUAAUGCAAACUUUUCUGUAUCUAACUUAAAAUUUUAAAAACUGCUAUUAUUAAAACAUUUUGAUGUAUGUGUUGAAAAUGUUUAGUUAUGCAUGUUUAUUAACCAAAAAUGAUAAUAACCAUUCAGUAUAGUGAUUGAUAACACAAUCAGUAAAUAAUCUUGUCUAUGGUAUUUUUUUUCUAGUUGAUGUGCCUGCCCAGAAAACCAUAUAUAUAAUAAUUUAUAUUUUUCUAUAGGAAAAUAGAAUUAGUUUUCCUCAUCUCCUAUGAUAUUUAGCUGUCCAUAGUGUGAUGGCUAUGUUAUGUUAAAGAGUAACUUCUAGAAUGGUGGUAAUUUCUGAGAUUAGCAACCCUUUGUCUGAUAAUGGCCAUGUUAAUGAUUAACUUCUGUCACCACUGUAGAUUCCUGGAUUCACAGACUUCUAUAGACUUCCAAAAAACAAAUUGUUGAGAUUUGAUUGCUAAAUCAUAAUGAUCCUUUCAAGCAGGAAUUAAAACCAUUUUCUUGAAAAUCAAUUAUUUAUGUGCAUUGGUUUUGAAUAAUGUCUUUUACUCUGAAUUCUCAUAUGUAUUUUUAAAAGCAUGAAAUAUGAAUUCAAAAUUUGCACAGUAUAACAGUAAGUAUUCAGAGGAAAUAAAGACUUUUUAAUGCCUUUCAGGUGUGGUAUCCAAUUUUUACAUAUUAAAAGUUGGUAUAUAUGCCAAGCACUUAAAGAUUGUCUUAGACCUGAUUUUUUGUUUUACUGUUAUUUAAAUAAAUAAUUGUUUGGCUGUA